AUGCUGGACAAAAUUCAGCAGUUUCAGUCUGAUGGAUGUGGAACCCGUAUCAAAGUGAACAAUGUACCUAAUAGUGUUUCUCGAGAGGCGCUGUACACGUUUUUCUCUGCGGCUGGGGAGGUAACAGAAGUUCAACAGCUGAAGCCUGGCUGUCCAGGCGAGCACCAGCAAUUUAUGAUCUCUUUCCAACAAGCUGAGACGGCACGCUGUGCUUUGACAUCAAUGGAUGGUCUAUCGCUUGGCGGAUGCAAGAUUAAGCUGCAACCAUCAGUCUCAAGUACGAACAACAACUUCACGUCGCCGCCGCAUUCGUUCAACUGGCGCCCUCUCGGGGUUGGGACCCAACGUGAUGAGAACGAGAAAUUUUUCAGUGGUCGUUCCGCAAGUAGACCCGACGGAAGCAAUGGAUGUCACUCUCACAAGCAAGUAGCCCCUAACUCGUCUCAAGAUAAAACUCGUGAAAUCUCGAAGGCGGAAUUGGCGGCAGCCAGCUCCCGCAAGAACUGCAAUCUUUAUGUCCUCAAUCUCAGCUUAGACAUGACCAACGAAAGCUUGAAAGCAAUCAUCCAGGGAAGUGGUGAGGUGAAGCAUGUCUGUGUCCUUGCUACCUUGGAUAAUGCCGGCAGACGUCGGGCAUUCGUCGAUAUGGCCACGCCAGACGAGGCAUGUCGCGUCGUCGAAAACUUCCAUGGAAAACGCGUUGAGGGAUAUGAGCUACACAUCAGCUACGCGUUCAUCCAACGAAGUGGUGGGCCUACUGUGCCUUUUGAUGGCAACUCGGCAGCAAAAGCAGCACGCCCAUUGCACCAUGAUGCGAGCACUAGGCCAUCGGUUUGCCGUAAAUCGGAAGAGCGAGACAAAUAUUAUCCUGCCAAGAAGUCACCAGUUUUCCCGGCCUCGCGCAGUGGCAAAACCGUCAAAGUCUCCAAGAUCAAUCCGAACACCCUCCUGGAGCUCAAUCCGCCAGUCCAGGUGGUUUCGCCGUUGGAUUCGUCCAGGUCUCCUGAAAGCGAUAUGGAGAGUGUCUUCCCUUUCACUCCAUCGUCCUCCUACGAUUCUGGCGCAGAAUCCCCAGAAAUCAGUCCCUCGGUCCUUUUCGAGACAUCACUGCCCAAACAUUUGUGCUUUAGCGCACCUUUGGUUUCCGGAAAGGCCUAUUCACAAUGGACCCUCCUCGUUUCCAAUGUCUCACCAGUGGCUUGCAUCGACUCUGAUGAUCUAUUCAGAUUCUUUGUUCGACAGGGAUUGAAAAGCUUGAAAUCCGCGCACUUGAAUGUAAGCAGCCACAGCGGGAUGAGCCUAGGUCAUGGUACUUUAACGUUCGACUCCAUGAAGGAGUAUCACCAAGCAAUCGAAAUGAUCAACUCCAAGGAUAUCAGUUUAGCAGGUGCUAGAAUAAAGUGCGCGAAAUUAAGUCGCUACAGUCCCAGCACUUCGUCUCCCUACUCAUCCGCUUCAAGCCCAAUCGCCAGUGAAGCCUCCGGUCUAAUAUAUCCUUUCAACUUCAACUCAACGUGUCCAGCUUCGGAAUUUUGA